UUGGUCAUUGAGCAUGCUGAUUCACUCUUUGAGUUUUAUUUGCAGAUUCGAUAUGCAUUUGUCUGAUCAGCACCCAAAUAAAUGUGGAACAGGACAAGUUCAAAUGUAGAAUUCUAUUAUUUGCCUCUAGAAAUCUUCCACUAGGUUGCUAUCAAGUAGUUACUUAAUCUUUCUAUGUACGUUUGUUCAGUUAGCGGGGAGUCUGCCUGUCAUAUAGAACUCACAUUGCUCUGUCUUGUUCUUAAUAUCGCCAGAGACUUUGUGUGCAGCCUUGGUGAAAUCCAGGUGUCCAGUGUCUGUUACAUUCUCUUGGUCUAACAUAGUAGUAACCUUGUGCUUAAAGUAAACCCAUUGUGUUCUCCUUUUCCAAGUAUAAACUCUCCAGUUGUCAGGUUUACAAGACUGGUUUGUUCCUUUUGGAAGCUGAGGCAACGUUUGCCAGUGUUUUGUGACCGCUUUUUACUUCUCCAUGAUUUUUAAGUAUUAUGAACAGAUAAACAGAUAAAAGUUCAUUUAGUAUCAUAGGAUGUAGUUUUCUGGACUGGAAGACUUGAAUGUUUGUAAAAUGUCAAGGUGUUUUCAUUGCUUCCUUCUUAACAGGAAGAAUCACAUGUCCAUUGUCGUCAAACACUGGUAUACUAUAUUUCAGAAAACUUAACUGAGAGUUAUAAAUCUGUGACAGAAAGGUCUUAAUUGAUGGUAGAACUCUACCAUAAAUUUUUUAAUAGCUUUUGUUAGUUCCAAAAGCUUAAUUUUAGUUUUAUAUCUCUUGAAAUUCACACAUUUGAAAAAUAAUAAGCCCUGGUAUAUGGUUUUUAAUAAAAUGAACAACAAAAACCAACAAAACUCUGACUUAUUAUUAAAAUUGACUGGAAUUCAGAACUAUAAGAGCACAGUUGGAGGGUUUUCAUUAUGGUGUUUGUUUUUUCUGCCAUAGAUUUUAUUAUAGUUUCCUCCAGGCACUUCAUUUGUAUAAAGAACUCAGUGAUACGCUAUUUCUGUCCAUGGGAUUCGAAAAUUAUAGACACUGAUGUCAAUGCAGAUGAGGUUAGCCUAAUUUGGUCAAGAGAGGGACAUGUUGACUCUCUGUAUGGAUAGCUAAAGGCUAUUGCCAAGACUGACAGGUGUCCUGUGGGUGGCAGAGAGCCCCAGGGAUAAAAUUUGCUCUUCGGUUAUUUCCCUAAGAAACAGUGAUCACAGUCAUACCUUUUCUUUCUAUUGAUUAUACUCAUAAAAUUACAGCACUUGAUUUUAAUUUACUUUUUCAGAUAUUAGCCUUAUAAAGCCCAGAAAGGUAAAAUUUUUAUACAUUCUUAUAAUAUCAACUUCUGUUUUCAAAAGUUUGUGUGUAUUCUGUGCAUUGUUUUUUUUAGUUAACUGAUCUCUUGCUACCUGGCCAUGUUUCACUAAAGACUUCAGACAGCUGAGAAAAUGGUUAAUGAAAAGAAUGUAUUUGUUAAUGUAAAAGAGGCCACUAUUUCCUUGUAGAACAAUAAAUUAUAAUAAAUCUGAAAAGAUUAAUUUUUAGGGUACUUUUCUAAGAAAUAAGCGUAAGGCUAUAAAGGAGAAUUCAUAGUACUUUGACAAUAGCCUUUGUUUUUAUUUCAUCGUAUUGAAUUUUUUUUUUUAUUUUUAGGAGAAAUCUUGCAGUUUAUCAAGAUGAAGUAGUACUAAAUAUGUCAUAUUUCAAAAUAAGAAAAAAGUUUUAAAGCCAUUAGGUUCACACCAUUAAGAAAGUUGAGUGUAAAAUGUUUAUCAGGAAUUUAAUUUUUUGAGAUAUUUUCUGUUAUCUUUUCCUUAAGAUUUCAAAGGGAAAUCUGUGGAACACCAAAAAAUAUCUUUAAUUAAUUAGUGGAAGAUUUUUUUACAGUUUGGGCAGUAGAUAGAUUUUGGGAGGUGAUCUUUGAACAUUAUGAAAAAGUGUGAAAUAUGAAAUAGCAUUCCAAAUACAAGUACUGCUUCAAGAAAAACUAGAUUGCCUGAGAUUUUAUAAGUUUUGAGUGAUAUAAAUGUGUCAUUAGUAAUGAAGGCUUUGUGAUUUUAGGCGUAAGCUCAAUAACUAUAUCUAUUCAAAUAGAACAUUUUCUGAUCCAGGAGGAUUGUGUCUUGAUUAUCUCUGUAUUUCAGUAUCAGACGUAUAGUAGAAGUUUAAGAAGUAGAUGCCAGGGGAAACUAUUUUAAGGAGCCCAACCUAUUAGCUGGUAUGAAAAUGAAAACCAAGGCCCUAGCCCUAUUAUGGGGCAGAGAAGGCUUCUCUAGGGCACUUGGCAAGCAGUGGUGCCAGGUUGUCUCCUGGACAGUUGUGAUUUCAGGUAAGCCUGGAGUUAAGGGGAAGAGUGCUUAGGGCAUGGCGUUAUCAUCCUAGGUCUUAAAUAUUUCAUUCCAAUCCAGCUAAAAUUUAUCGAGAGCUUACUGUGAGCUAGGUAUUCUUUUAUACAUAUCAUUUAACUCCAGUGAAGGAGAGGAAAAUAAGGUGGUGGCUUACCCAGGGUCACUCAGCUCACGGCGGUAAAGCUUGGAAAUAAACCCAGGUUCUUGUCUCCAAGCACGAUAAAGUUUGGAGACGGUGGAAGUAGUCUUGACACAAAAUCACUUAAAUGAGUGAGCUCUUUUUCUCACUGUCUCUGUUUUUUUGUGUGUGUCUCAGGUCUGGUUCUUCCAGUCCCUCUCUUUUAGGUUAAAGGAAAACACAGAUUCUAGAGUUCACCAUUACCCAAAAGGACAUUUAUUAAAAAUAUUUAAGUACUGUACCAAAAAUAGCAGUCUUGUAUUUGUCUCUCAAAACUUGACUUUUUUUGAGCAGCUGAUUGGAAGGGAAAUGUGAAGAUGAAAUGAAGGGAAGUGUUCUGGGCUAAGCAGGUGGUGGUGGGCUAAUAAUUUGGAGAGCACAACUCAAUCCAGAGCAGCAGAUAAUGACCAAAGGCCGGCAUCAGCCACCAGCCCAGGCUGCCUGGCCUCUUACAGGUGACUGCCGGCAUUUCUCCUGCUCCUCUCUUGCUUCUGCUCUGUCCCAUUCCUGGGCAUUCUUCAAGUUUGGUUGCUAGAACUUUACUGGAUUUCCAAGAAUAAAUAAAGACCCGAUACUCUGAGGCUGCGCCUAGUCCCACGACAAAAUAAAGACGUUACCUCCACUAGUGCAGAGAUUGUCGUUGCAGUGGUACACACAGCUUGUUGGUGCAGUAGGGAUGGGGAGGUCCAUAACUUAUAUGUUGUGGGGUGGCAAUUUUUGGCCAUGUUUUAUGAAUGAUUUCAGUUUAGAAAAAUUUUUAUUUAGACCUGUAUCUUUAAUUUAUGCUUUGUUUUGAUAGGUCUAGAAUUAACUUGGAAAAAAUCAUAAACUCUUUGUACCAAGGAUUGGCUAAUGAAAAUAAUAUAAAUAUUUAAAGUAUUUGGCCCAUUUUCCAAUAUUUAGGACCUUCAUUUGUGUGCCAUUGAUGUGGAGAUGACAUUGCCUUGCCAGGGACUGCCAUACUUUGCACAGUCCUGUCGCCCCCUAAGUUUCUGCUCAGUCAGUCCAUUAUCUUCAUCUCCACCACUGCCAUCCCAGUCCAGGCCACCUAACCUCUCCGCUGGACCCUGCAGUGGCCUCUGCAGUACCAUCCAGCCCCUACACCGCAGUCUGUACUUGACCAAAGUGGUUUUCUUAAUAUACAAAAUCUGCUAAAAUUCUUUAGGAAGUUGGGAUUAAUUUAAUAAACUUUUUUUUUUUUUAGAGCAGUUUUAGGUUUACAGACGAAUUAUGCAGAAAGCACAGAGCUUUCCUUUUUGCCCCUUUCUCCCCCCUCAGUUUCCCCAUUAUUAGGAUUAACUUUUAGGAUGAAGACAGAACUCUGUCACAUGGCCUCCAGAGAGGCUCCUAUGUGGCCUGGCCUCUUCCUUUGCACCCCCCAGCCUCAUCUGGCCCCUCUCUGACUUGCCCACCUUCCUGCACUGUAGCUUCCUAUCUUUUUUCCAUCUCUUCUCCUUUUGUCUUGUUCCUUGGCAUGUCUUAUUCUGUCUGUGCGGGUGUCGUGGAUUGAAUUAUGUGAAUUAUGUCCCCCCAAAAAAUGUGCGUAUCAAUUUGGCUGGGCCAUGAUUCCUGGUAUUGUGUGAUUUUCCUAUAUAUUGUAAAUUCAGCCUCUGUGAUGUUAAUGAGAGGGGAUGGGCAGCAGUUGUGUUAGUGAGGCAGGACUCAAUCUACAAGAUUGGAUUGUGUUUUAAGACAAUCUCAUUUGAGAUUUAAAAGAGAGAAGCUGUCAGGGGGACCUCAUACCACCAAAAAAGCAGUGCUGAGAGCAGAGCACAUCCUUUGGACCUGGGGUUCCUGUGCAAAGAAGCUCCUAGUCCCCGGGAAGAUUGAUGAGAAGGCUGACAGAGAGAGAAAGCUUUCCCCUGGACCUGAUGCCCUGAAUUUGGACUUUUAGCCUACUUGACUGUGAGGAAAUAAACUUCUCUUUGUAAAAGCCAUCCACUUGUGGUAUUUCUGUUAUAGCAGCACUAGAUGACUAAGACAGUGGGUCACUCAUCUUUAUGUUCUUGCCCCUUAACAUUGCAGCUCAGGGACAUUUCAGGGGUUCUGGGAGGCGGGGGUCCCUCAACUCUUGACUAGGUCGGACUCAGGCUACAUCCGCACCUCCUAUCCCUGCUUCAUCCCACUUGUGACAGUUGCAAUUUUGUAUUUGUUUGCAUAAUUAUUUGACUAAUGCAGACUCCUUAAACUAUGAGCUUCACAAUAGCAGGAGCCAUGUCUGUUUUUACUCAACAGUUGUAUCCCUGGCACAUUGUAGCAGCUUAAUAAAUAGCUGCUGAAUACGUGAAUGAAAGUUUCCUGAAAGGAUUUUCCUCAGCAGUACUACCUGCAACCUGCUGGCUGCUAGGAGAGGUCAUAAAGGUGAUGAAUACAGGCACACUUAGCUCUUAAGAGAGCGUACUCAUAGUCAAGAGACGUGUAACAAGAAAUGAUAGUGUAAGUUAGAUCGCAGUUGGGGCUUGAAAACAGUAUACUUUUAAUUACUUGAAAAUGUACUGCUAGACUGUCCUUUUGUCAGUAAAUUCACAGUGAAUGAAUUACAAUGUUAAGUAGCUCAGACCUUAUUUAUGGCAGCCUCUAACGUUCAUAAAGUAAUCCUAGCUCUAAAGGAAAUAGAAAGUUGAACAAAUUAAAAGGUUAUAUUUGAAAAGGUAGAAUAAAAUAUAUUAAUGUUUAUAAAUGCUACGACAUUAUGCCUGUGAAGCCCUGGUGUAUGUGAAAAGAAUGAGUAAAUUUUUAGUACUGCCAACAUUUUUUGGAAGUUGGUUCAAAGCAAUCUGCUAGUAUUAAGAUUGUAGAAGUGAUUUGGGCUAGUCAGAAACCUCUUUAGUCUACAUACUGUGAGACUGUUAGGUCAGCCCUCUGAGGUUUUUUUUUUCUUCCAACUUCACUUACGUUGUUUCACCCCAACCCUGGUGUCAUGAUGUGAAGCCAGUGCUCGGCAAAAAGGCUGGCUGGGCCAUGCAUUCUCAGAGAAGUCAGGUGGUUGUUGUAUGAAGGCAGCUGCUGGAGGUUCAAAUCAGUCAGUGUCCCCUCUCUGCCUCCAGACGGCUGGUGAUUUACCAAACUUCUCAGAAGUUCUUGCUCGCUGCUGGAGGGAAGGGAUUAUGUAACGGGUUUUUGGUUGAUCCAAUGGGAAUUGCAUUGAUCUGGUGUCUGGCCUUGGUUCUUAUCAAGUGGAUCGCCUCUAAGAGGCGUGGAGCGAUCUCCUAUGACAGUUCUGAUCAGACUGCAUUGUACAUUCGUAUGCUAGGAGAUGUACGUGUAAGGAGUCGAGCAGGAUUUGAAUCAGAAAGAAGAGGUUCUCAUCCAUAUAUUGAUUUUCGUAUUUUUCACUCUCAAUCAGAAUUUGAAGUUUCUGUCUCUGCAAGGAAUAUCAGGAGAUUACUAAGUUUCCAGAGAUAUCUUAGAUCUUCACGGUUUUUUCGUGGUACUACAGUUUCAAAUUCUCUGAACAUUUUAGAUGACGAUUAUAAUGGACAAGCUAAGUGUAUGCUGGAAAAAGUUGGAAAUUGGAAUUUUGAUAUCUUUCUAUUUGAUAGACUAACAAAUGGCAAUAGUCUAGUAAGUUUAACCUUUCAUUUAUUUAGUCUUCAUGGAUUAAUUGAAUACUUCCAUUUAGAUAUGAUGAAACUUCGUAGGUUUUUAGUUAUGAUUCAAGAAGAUUACCAUAGUCAGAACCCUUACCACAACGCAGUCCAUGCUGCGGAUGUUACUCAGGCUAUGCACUGUUACUUACGAGAACCCAAGCUUGCCAGUUCUGUAACUCCUUGGGAUAUCUUGCUGAGCUUAAUUGCAGCUGCCACCCAUGAUCUGGAUCACCCAGGUGUUAAUCAACCUUUCCUUAUUAAAACUAACCAUUACUUGGCAACUUUAUACAAGAAUACCUCAGUCCUGGAAAAUCACCACUGGAGAUCCGCAGUGGGGCUACUGAGAGAAUCCGGCUUGUUCUCACAUAUGCCACUAGAAAACAGGCAACAAAUGGAGACUCAGAUAGGUGCUUUGAUACUUGCCACAGACAUCAGUCGCCAAAAUGAGUAUCUGUCAUUGUUUAGAUCUCAUUUGGAUAGAGGGGACUUAUGCCUAGAAGAUGUUAGUCAUCGGCAUUUAGUUUUACAGAUGGCUUUAAAAUGUGCUGAUAUUUGUAACCCAUGUCGGACCUGGGAACUAAGCAAGCAGUGGAGUGAAAAAGUAACAGAAGAAUUCUUCCAUCAAGGAGAUAUAGAAAAAAAGUAUCAUCUGGGUGUGAGUCCAUUUUGUGAUCGUCAGUCCGAAUCCAUUGCCAACAUCCAGAUUGGUUUUAUGACUUACCUAGUGGAGCCAUUAUUUACGGAAUGGGCGCGGUUUUCAAAUACCAGGCUCUCGCAGACAAUGCUUGGCCACAUGGGGCUGAAUAAAGCCAGCUGGAAGGGAAUGCAGAGAGUGCAGACCAGCAGCGAGGACCCGGAAGCUGCAUUAGAGGAGUUGACCUCACAGUUAUUACCUCAGGAAAACCGGUCAUCUUGACCCCCAGAAUUGGGGACAUACUGCCUCCUAGAGGGUUUUUAGAAAUGUGAAAUGGGUCUUGAGGUGAGAGAACUUACUCUUGACUGCCAAGGUUUCCAAGUGAAUGAUGCCAGCAUUAUUUAUUUCCAAGACUUCCUCUGUUGGAUCAUUUGAACCCAGUUUUUAAUUGUGAGACCUGAACACAUAGCAAUAUGCAUUUGGCUUUUGUGUAGAACCUUGAAUAUGCAAAGCCCAGCAGGAAAGAAUCCCAAUGGACUAACAAUGAAAGUAUCACAGUGUGCCACGUGUUUUUCAAAACAAACUAGAAUUUAUUCUUCAAACCGUGAAACUUGAACUGAAUCUUUCAGCAGAAAUCUCUUGGAAUUUAACCAGUCUGAUGCAACAGCGUGUAUCUGUACCUUCCACUAAGUUCUCGCUAAGAAAACAGAAAUGUGAAGUGCCCAGCCUCUGCUGCCUCUGGCAAGACCCAAUGUUUACAAAUCAACUCUGAAAAUACUGGUUCUAACUUUGCCGUGGAGCAUGAUUGUGACGGAACCACUAGCGUUUUUAAAGAUCAAACUUUAGACUGCAGCUCUCUGACCCCCCUGGUUUGCCUUCUUUCUUCUUUGGAUGCCACCAAAGCCUCCCCUUCGCUCUGGUUUUAUCGUGUGCGCUGGAAACUGAGCAUUUAUCCUGGAGUCCCGCCAAGCUUCCACUCCAGUGCUGUUGGCGAUGCAGUUUAUUUUUAACUCUUAGGUUUUCAUUUGGGGUAGGAGGGGAAGAACACCAGUGUCCCAGCUGUAUUAUGAUUUUCUGCAGUGAAGACAUUGCAUGUUGUUUUCACUAGUGUACACUUGACCCGCACAUGCAAGAAAAAGGUGGAAUGUUUAAAACACCAUAAUCAGCUCAGGGUAUCUGCCAAUCUGAAAUAAAGUGGGAUGGGGAAGUGUGUCCUUCCGAUCGAGGGUACUAAAGUCCCUUUUGCUGCAGUGGGUGAGAGGUAUGUUGUGUGUGAAUGUCUGGAUGCGUGUUUGCGUGCAUGUUUGUGCAUGUGUGACUGUGCAUGUGUUAUUUAUCCACAUAGGGAAGGAUCUGAAAUGUAAGCUAUUUAUUAUUUUAGAAUGUGACAUAGUGAGCAGCCACACCCGGGGGAGGGGAAGGUAGGUCAGCUGAAACAGAUCGCUCCAGUUGCCUUAAACUAUGCACAAAGCUAAGUGACCAAACUUCUUGUUUUGAUUUGAAAAAAGUGCAUUGUUUUCUUGUCCCUCCCUUUGAUGAAACGUGACCCUUUGAUGGGCCUUUUGAUGUGAACAGAUGUUUUUUAGGACAAAAUUUAAGGACUAAUUUUAAACUUAAAAAACAUUCCACUUUUGUAAUAAUUUGUUUUAAAUUGUUUUAUGUAUAGUAAGCACAACUGUAAUCUAGUGUUGAGAAACUGGUGCUUUCUUUUAGUUCGUUUGUAUUUCCCUUGUUACUGUAAAAGACUGUUUAUUAUGUUUACAGUUUGUCGCAACAGCCAUUUUCUUGGGAGAAAGCUUGAGUGUGAAGCCAUUUGUAAAAGGCUUUGCCAUACUCAUUUUAAUAUGUGCCUGUUGCUGUUAACUUUUGAUGAAUAAAAACCUAUCUUUUCACAGUUUAUCUUUGAUAUUUACCUUACAACUCAAUCCUUAGGAAAUCUUAAUGCUAAAUUACUAGGAAAUCGAAGACUUAGCUUCUUGCCUUUUGCAUUCACUCAUCAGAUAUUUACUCAGUCAGUGCUGUGUGCGGGCACCGUCCGGGGUACGGGGUUUGCCGACUCCGGGAGAAUGCACAGUAGAGGUCAGCUUUGAGCCCAGGCCUCUUGACUCUGAUCUUCUGUUACCACAGUUGGGGAUUACAUACCACAUCAGCACCUCUUGCAAAUACUAAAAUACUAAUCACAUUUAUUCCUAUCAUUGGCUUUCUAAAAGUAAAGUAAUAAGAAAUGUCCACUUAAGUCUAUUUGAUUGUCAUCAAUGUAAGAAAGAUACCACUGGGCCUCCUGACAUCUUCCCAGGUCCAGUUCAUUAGAGGGAAAUAGUGCGAACUUUAAUAUCAUAUUGGCAUUAUUUCUGUAGAAGAGUGCUAUCCAAUGGAAAUACAGUACAUAAAUGAUUGUCCAUUUUCUAGUAGCCAUAUUAAAAAAAAAAACCAACAGAAUAGAUUUUAAUAUAUUUAUUCCAGUAUAUCCAAAUUAUUUUAUCAUUUCAACAUGCAAUCUGUAUAAAAACAAUUACUGUGAUAUUUUACAUUUUUUUUUUUAUUCUAAGUCUUUGAAAUCAGCAUGUAUUUUACACUUACAGCACACCUCAGUUUGGACUUGGUGUAUUUCAAGUCCUCAGUAUCCCUAUGUGCUAGUGGCACAGAGGAUCUGAUGUAGUGGAGUUGAGUGUUACCUGUGGAAAGCCGAUUGGCCGCUCAUAUGAAGGGGCAUCACCGAGGCAAAUUUGAUGUGUCAAGUCUGAUGAGGACCUGAUUUGUCAGCACAUGGAGAAUGGACCCAUCUCAUGCCUCGCUUACAUUAAGCAAGCUCACAGUAACUUGAUGUUUGAACAAAUG